AUGAAGGAAAAUGAGAAGAUUGAGGAAAUGUUUGAGAGAUUCUCUAACAUCAUCAAUCCUCUCAAUCUUCUCGGGAAGACAUACACCGACCGAGAGCUCGUGAGAAAGGUGCUGCGAAGCCUAUCCCCCAAAUGGCGUUCAAAGGUGGACGCAAUCGAAGAAGGUCGUGACUUCCAAACAACAACAUAUGAUGCUCUUCGAGGUAAUCUUAUUACCUUCGAAACCACCCAACUCUCAAAGGUGGUUGAAGAGAGGAACAAGAG